AUGGCAAAUCAUUGGGGAUGGGGAGGUUUGAUUGCAAAGUUUAUGGAUCAUCCUGCAUGGCAGCCACUGGGCAGGUUGUCAUAUUGCGGCUACAUCACGCAUUUCUUUCUUAUGCGCUACAUCCACAAUUUAGAUGACCGACCAACGCAUUUCACAUCGCUUUGGCGCAUGUACAUAUACAUGGUCAUACCUACCAUAGUUGUCUCCUACGUGUUCUCAUUUUUCUGGAGCUGCCUAUUUGAAAUACCAGUUGUAAAGUUAGAAAAAAUGCUGACUGAUGGACUACUUCCGAAAAAAGCGCCCACUGCAAAAUCUGAUGUUGAAGAAGGAAAGCGUAUGGAGCCAGCCAAGAUUGAAGUGGCCGAACCAAAAAGGGAAAUGCCUGAGUCGGGAGGUAGAAAUAACCGACUAAGUGGCAUCGAGGAGAAGGCCGAAAUUCUCAAUAAGUGA